CGCAAUUACCAUCCGCCCUCUUCUUCUUCUUCCUCUUCCUCUCCAUUCACCGCACUCGUCACAUUCUCCCCUCCCUCGUAGACGCAGUUGCGGAUUACUUGGACAAGGCUACAAGUUCGCGCUGCUUGUCUUUGUCUUUACAGCAUUUUCUCUAGCAGCAGAGUGGAGCGCUUGCAGAGCUUCCUGCUUUCUAUACCAACUCCCACCUCGCGGCCUAGUGCAGCAUAUAGCAGCAUUCUGCACACAAUCUCACUUUCAUUGCUGGUGGACACCCAAGCUGAGUGCCUCGUCUCCCGUCAAGAUAUUCUCUCGACGCUGCAUUGCCGUCUCGCAGCCGUGUAGAGGUAGUCGACCUUUCAUGCAGCAGCCUCCUUCUCUAGCGUCAGCAGCCUAUUCUUCUUUGCAACGACCGUCAGCAGGCAACGACGCGACAGGACGUCGUCAAUACCUCUCACCGUCCAACUUCAACGAUCAACACACCAGAGGACUUGGUGAGGUCUCGCUCGGAAGUCACCGCAUUUCAGGUCUGCCCAAGAAGAGGCAGGCCACCACUUCUCGUUCUAAUCCUACGACUCCUGAAGUUGGUCAUAGCUCUUCCUCGUCCAACCUCUGGGGAUCGCAACAACAGCCACCUAGUGCAGGACACGCCUUUUCAACAAGUAGCAAAAGCAGCUCCAACCUCAUGGCGGACUCCACUGGCAAUUGGAGGUCAGGAGGGAGUGGUGCAGGGUCCGUGAGCAGCGGACCCACCGCAGGGUCGAGAGGCAGUAGAGGCGGGUCCAGUGGAUCCAGCAGGGGCAGAGGUGGUAGAGGCGGAAGGGGCGGAGCGUCUUCAAAACGAUCGAAGCACUCUGCGACAGCAGCCGCCGCUGCAGCUGCCAAUUUGCCUAUCCUCCCCGCUCCAGGCCACACUAUGGACUACCUCCGCCACGUGUUGUACCCGAAGCUGAUCGCAUCCGGGACUGUCAAGGCGCAGUGGCUCGAAAACCCCAAGAAUCCGCUGACCGUCUAUAUCAAUCAUCAGACUGGUCAGCCUCCAAAGUUCGAGAUGUCGCAGGGACGUAUAGAGGACGGCCCUCCUGAGCUGGUUUACCGCGCUACCAUCGUCGCCGAUGUGGUUCGCAACAUCUCCGGCUAUGGAGACGGCAAGAACGUGAAGGACGCAGAAAAGGGUGCGGCCUUCGAUGCUGCCAUGAGGCUAGCCGAGCACGGCCUUCUCGGAGCCAAACCCUCGGCCAUCAACCCCGGCUCGUCAGGGCAAGCUCUCUCAAAAGGAGCAACUCCGGCUGACAAUGGGCCGAAAUUGACCACUGGUGCAACCCUCACUGCCGAACGAGCGCGAGAGUUCAUGGAGUAUUAUUGUGCCCAGUUCAAGUUUGGCAAGCCGGCCAUAGAGCUAUCACAGGAGACCACCAGGAAGGGAUCGCGGCAAAUUGCAGGUCUCUGGAAAGCAGAGAUGAUCGUCGGUGGGUCGUCGGUCGGUACGGGUGUUGCUUCCAACAAGAAGAAUGCCACCGCGAAUUGCUACUUGGAUACUGUGACUUACCUGGAGAACAUGGACCCCGACCUCUUUGCAAGCUUCGAGGCGACGCACCGACCGGGGUCUACAAUCGCAUCAGCUGCUCACGUAUACUUCAAGAUAACCGACGAUCUGCACGACGAGAUCAGAGACAUCUCGCGCCGUACAAAAGGCAGUCUGUUGUACUCCAAACGCCCGCGACCUGCUGGCAAGCUCGGGCAUGGUGAGAAGGCAGAAGACCCUGUCAAUAAGCCUACUGCUCGUCGCUUCGAGCCCUUCAAUCUGCCACAUGAGAGCUACAUGCAGGAGAAGUCAGAUACGCUGCUAGACUCGUUGCAGAGGUAUCAGGUAGACGAGCGGGUGGCCAAGAUGCGCGCCCAACGAGCUCAUCUGCCUGUUCAGCAGAAUAUCACCGACGUCUUGACUAAAGUCGCUAUGAAUCAGGUGGCUAUCUGUAUGGCGGCUACUGGAUCAGGAAAAUCUACGCAGGUACCGCAGAUUCUCCUCGACGAUGCCAUUCUGGAGGGCAAGGGAGCUUACUGUAACAUCAUCUGCACCCAGCCACGACGUAUCGCAGCCAUCUCUCUGGCUCAACGUGUAGCAGCAGAGCGCGGUGAGACCGUAGGACAGACCGUCGGAUACCAAGUGCGAUUUGAGCAAAAGCCUCCGCAGCCCCACGGUAGCAUCACGUACUGCACCACGGGAGUUUUCAUGAGGAGGCUGCAGAAUGCUCUUGGCGACACGAGUGGUGCGACGAGCUGGCUGGACACUAUCACCCACGUCGUCAUUGAUGAGGUGCACGAGCGAGAUGUGCAGACCGACUUGCUCCUCGUCGUGCUCAAGAAGAUCCUCGCAGAGCGCAAGUCAGCACAGAAGCCGGACAUCAAGGUCAUCCUGAUGUCAGCUACAGUCGAUCCCAAGCUCUUCCAGAAUUAUUUCCCCGACCAACAGGGUAGACCUGCUCCUGUCGUCGAGAUUCCUGGGAGAGCCUUCCCAGUCGAGAAGCACUUCAUGGAGGAGACCAUUCCUCGCCUUCGCGCUCUCAACCUGCCCUUUGGCGCCGGUGGUUGGGUCUGGCAGCAGAAGAAUGUACAAGAUUAUCUUCAUCGCGAGCUUCAGAUGCGCGGUGGUAUGAGAGGUGGCGAGGAAGGGGCCGAUGUCAUCGAUGACCUCGAGAUCCCCUACCCUCUCGUAUCUCUCUUCAUUGCCGAUGCCAUUGCAAGGAGCGACGACGGACACAUUCUGGUCUUCUUGCCCGGUUGGGACGAGAUCAAGGUGAUCAAUGGCCAUCUGCAAAGCCCUCGAGAAUUCCCUCUUCUCGGCCUCGACUUCAACGAUCGUGAACGCUUCGAGAUCCACAUCCUCCACUCGUCCAUCCCCGUAGCAGACCAACAAGCCGUCUUCCAGCCUCCAGCUCACCCAGGCAUUCGAAGAAUCAUACUUUCCACCAACAUCGCCGAGACCUCCGUCACAAUCCCUGACGUCACCGUCGUCAUCGAUACGGGUAGGGUCAAGGAGAGCCGGUACGACCCUGCACGUCACUUGUCUAGUCUUGUCUCUGCCUGGGUCGGUACUUCCAAUCUGAACCAGCGUGCUGGACGUGCUGGUCGUCACCGAGCCGGAGAGUACUACGGUGUCUUGUCCAAGGCCCGCUACGAUCAGCUCGCCAUCAACCAGACCGUUGAGAUGCAACGUGCCGAUCUGACCGACGUCGUACUGCACAUCAAGGCACUCGAUAUCGCUGGCAUGGAGCCCGAAGACGUCUUGGCUGCUGCUAUUGAGCCGCCUAGCCCCGAUAGAGUGUCUGCUGCAAUGCAGCAGCUGUACAUGAUCGGAGCACUCGACACGAACAAGGCCCUCACUUCUCUGGGUGCUGUCCUACUGCAGCUCCCCGUCGAUGCCGCCAUGGGCAAGAUGGUCUUGUAUGGUCUCUUCUUCCGCUGUGUGCAGCCCACAGUCAAUCUGGCUGCUAUCCUCACCAACCGAGACCCCUUCUUGGCUCCCAUCGACCUGAAGGCUCAGGCUGCUGCUAUCAAAGAGUCUUGGUCCCCCAACGACUAUCGAUCAGACGCCUUGGCGAUUCUGAGGGCCUACCAAGCUUGGUCUGAGCUGCAGAAUCGUGGCGACUUCCAAGCUGCGAACAGGUUCUGUCAUGACAACUUCCUCAGCAAGCCUACGAUGCUGCAGAUCCAGCAGGUCUCUACGCACAUCGUCCAGAGCAUGGGCAGCAUGAUCGAAACCAUCUUGGGCUCGGCAUCUGCACAGAAUGAUGACUAUGGAGGACGCUACCGCCGCCCGCGCCACAGCGAGUCUGCUCCUGAGCUCAAUGUCAACUCGGAAUGCAUCCCUCUGCUCUCGGCUCUCAUCGCAAUGGCCUCUACGCCCAACUUUGCCAUCCGCAAGUCUGAGAAGAACUAUCAGACCAGUCAGGACAAGACGUGCUUCAUUCACCCGAGCUCUGUAUGCCACUUGAAACACACCAAGGGCAAGGAGGACGAGAUCCAAGUCGGUGAGAGGGAGAUUUUCGCCUUUGCUGACAAGACGCGGAACGUGUCCAACCUCGGCGGACCAGGAGGUGGCGGUGGCGGUGUUCCGCCAGCCAUGUUGAAGACGGUUACCCGUCUAGAUCCAUUGACGUACAUGAUCUUCGGAACAAACUCGAUCAAGCCUGUCAACGAAGGAAUCAUCUGCGAUGAUUGGCUGCCGGUACGAGGAUACUUUGAGGCGUUAGACGACGUCGAGAUCCUCAAGCACGUGAUGGACGCCUCUAUGUUGCGCAUCUUCGAAGGUAUCGGCAAGACUCGCCAGGGAGGACGCUCUCGGCAAAGGGCGGCUCCCGCCCAGCCUUCUCGCAGCGCGCCGGCUCCCAUGGACGACUGGGAUGCAGUGGAGACUGCCCACAAUGAGGAUGGGCCUGAUGAGUACUCGUACAGAGAUGGCAAUGCCGACACUGCUGCCACAGGGGCCUAUGGCAUGCCCACCGAGUUCGGCAACCGAUCAGACCUCUCUCUUUCUCCGAGGGAAAUUGCAGAAUUCGAACACCUCACCACGGGCAUUGUCAGAGCUCUCGAUCACUACGCCAGCGACCGUGGGCAGGCGCUUUCCAAUGCCGGAUCCAGGAACGUCACCAGACCUGCCUCUCCUAAUGGCGUCGGGCUGAAUCUCAACGGACACAACAACUAUGGUGGUGGCGGCGGUGGGUAUGGAGGUGGUGGAGGAGGAGGCGGCUACUCCAAGAAUUUCAGUGCCAUGCGGGGCGGCGCUAGUGGGAUGGGCGGUGGAGCCAACUACCACAAUGGGCCCGCCUACCCUACAGGACCUCGCGGUGGAGGCGGCUACAGUGGUCCAGCGCCCACUGGACCUACAGGCUGGGGAGGAAAUGGUUACAGCAACGGCAACGGCCACAGCAAUGGUUACGGCAAUGGCAAUGGCGGUGGUGGUGGAGGAUACGGCGAUGGAGGCAACUGGAGGCGUGGCUAGAUGGCGGCUCUUGAUUCGAAGGGCACAAUGAAGUCAAACACAUAGAUGUCGCUACUCCCUCUAGCUUCUGACCCUCUUGUCACCUCGUCACGUCAGGCUCAGCGUGGCAUCCAUUCGCCUCGUCUCGCAAUUUGUACUCGCGACUCUUGUUCUACCACACUUUACAUCGCACUCGCACCUUGACAGACUUCACUCAAAAUAGAUAGACUGUACUUUCGUCUCGUCUUUCAC